UGACUAAGUAAGUAAUCUCCUUACCUUUUAUCUUAUACGGCGAUCAAAGUUUUCAAAUCUAUCCUUACAGGUGCACUGUUAUGUUUGCCUUUGGAGUUCUUUGAUUUGUGGGUUCUCUUCGUUUGGUUUGGUUGCAGAGGUAAUCUGAUCUGGCAUGAUGGGUGGAAGUGCAAUAGAUGAUGAUUGGGAGCUUGCUUCACCAUCCAAUGGGGUUCGAACAGUUGUUUUAGUUGGACGCACAGGCAAUGGAAAAAGUGCAACCGGUAACAGUAUUCUUGGAAGAAAGGCCUUCAAGUCAAGAGCUAGCUCAUCUGGUAUUACCAGUACUUGUGAAUUGCAGAGUACUGUACUGGGAGAUGGUCAAAUUAUCAAUGUCAUUGAUACUCCUGGACUCUUUGAUUUUUCUGCUGGAUCUGAAUUUGUUGGCAGAGAAAUUGUCAAAUGUAUUAAUAUGGCAAAGGAUGGGAUCCACGCAGUCCUUGUAGUCUUCUCAGUUAGGACCCGCUUUUCACAGGAAGAAGAAGCAGCCCUUCGCAGCUUACAAACUUUGUUUGGAAGUAAGAUUCUUGACUACAUGAUUGUAGUCUUCACUGGGGGAGAUGAGCUUGAAGAUAAUGAUGAGACAUUAGAAGAUUAUUUGGGCCGCGAGUGUCCACAACCUUUAAAGGAAGUUCUCAAGUUGUGUGAGAAUCGACGAGUUCUUUUCGAUAACAAAACUAAAGAUUUAUCUAAGAGAGCUGAGCAGAUGCAGGAGCUUCUCUCCCUUGUAAACAGGGUCAUAGAACAGAAUGCUGGGCAACCAUACAGUGAUGAAUUAUUUGCUGAAAUACAGAAAGGGGAAAUGAACUUCCGUGAUCAACAAGAAGAGGUUAAUUCCAUGAAAGGGAACAUUUCUAUACGAGAAAUAUCAGAGUUGAAGGAGCAGAUGCAAAUACAAUAUGAAGAACAGCUGAAACGAGUAACUGAGAUGGUUGAGAUGAAGCUUAAAGAGGCAACCGGUAAUCUUGAGCGGCGGUUGGCAGAAGAGCAUGCUGCUCGACUUCGCGCAGAAGAGAAUGCACAAUCAGAGCAAAGGAAAUCAAACGAAGAAAUUCGCAUGCUAAGAGAGAGUCUAGAGAAGGCUCAGGAGGAGCUCCGUAAGAAGGGAGGCUGUGCCAUUCUCUGACACAAUCGACAGACCAUGUUCAGUUGAUUGAAAACGUACGAGAAUGCUAUUGUGUUUGGUGUUUAUAUUGUGGUUUAUGCAUGCAGUGCUCUCGCUGCAAAUGCUUCUUUGUAAUAGUACAUGAUGCCUGAAAUGAUACGGUUCCAAGUAAUACAUACAUAAUAUAUAUAUAUAUAUUUUUUUUUA